AUGAAGAUAAAACUCUGCAUUGGUCAAUCAAUACUACACAUCCUUUCAGUAUAUGCUCCUCAAACGGGUUGCAAAGAAGAGGAGAAAGAUGACUUUAGAGCUAUCCUUGAUGAAGCUGUAAUGGAAAUUCCUAAGGAUGACUUAGUCAUAAUAGGUGGUGACUUAAAUGCACAUGUGGGAAAAUCAAUAGCUACAAAAGGCAUCAUGUUGGUUGGAGAAAGAAAUGAUGAAGGAGAGCAUGUACUUAAAUUUGUGCAAGCCUUAGACCUAGCCUUAACCAACACCUACUAUAGGAAAAAAGACAGACAUUUAAUAACAUAUGAAAGUGGUACAAGGAAAACACAGAUAGAUUGCAUGCUAAUCUCUCGCAGAUGA